GUGGUGCGAGGCGGGCAGCCAUCUUGCUACAAACACAAACACAGAGGAGCGGCCGCGAGCCCGCCAGCCCCCCCGCCGCCCCCGCCGCCCCCGCCGCCGCCGCCCCCGCCGCCCCCGCCGCGUUUCCCUGCUGCACGGUCCCAAGGGGACAGGAGGUGACGACAGGGAUCCGAGGAGGACAAGGAGAACACAGCCCCAGGCGGCUCCUCAGGCCCAGCAUCUCCUGGUGGGCGGGCGGCAGGCCUCUGCCCAGGGGCCCCAGCCAGGUGUCGUCGGGACGCCAAGGUGUGGACGAGGCUCUUUGAGGACUCCAUGGGCAUGUAGAGGCGCCCUUGGCCCGCCGCCCCAGCCUGUGAGGGGAGCCCCACCUGCACAGUACCCACUCUGCCCACCCGCCUCCCCUGCUCGGACCCCUGGGGAAUGCGCCGUCUCUUUGCACAGCCCCUGGCUCCCUAGAGGCCACUGCCCGUCCGCCCCGUGCAUGGACCUUUUCCGGGUGUGAAGGCCCCUCCCUGGGCACCACUGAUCAGACGGGCACCCCACAGCUCGGGACUCUGCACGCCCACCUAGGCUCCACCCUCCCUGCUGCUCCCUACACAGCUCCCUGGUGAGUGGGAUCGGGGGCACCUCCGGAGGACACUGGCCAACCCUUGGUGGGAGGGGCAGGGCCCGUGGCCAUGCCCCAGCCUGGCCUCAUCCUACCACCCCCAGGCGAUCGCCAAGUCCGUCCACAGCAGGCACCCCCACUGCUACCCCCCAGCUGCAGGGCACCCCAGCUCCCCCAUGGCUGCGGAGACACUCAACUUUGGGCCUGAGUGGCUGAGGGCGCUGUCAGGUGGCAGCAGUGUGGUGUCCCCACCACCGUCCCCCGCCAUGCCCAAGUACAAGCUGGCUGAGUUCCGCUACGGCCGAGAGGAGAUGCUGGCCCUCUACAUCAGGGAGCACAAGGUGCCUGAGGAGCUCCAGGACAAGGAGUUCAGUGCAGUGCUUCAGGAAGAGCCGCUGCAACCCCUGGCGCUCGAGCCUCUGACGGAGGAGGAGCAGAGGAACUUCUCCCUGUCGGUGAACAGCGUGGCCGUGCUCCGGCUGAUGGGCAAAGGGGCCCCUCCACCGCUGGGGGGUGCCUCCCGAGGCCGGGGCAGCACUCGGAGCCGAGGCCGAGGCCGGGGUGACAGCGGCUUUUACCAAAGAAGCAUCGAGGAGGCUGAGGGGGUCUUUGGCCGGAACCCCCGGGAGAUCCAGCGCAGCCAGAGUUGGGACGACAGGGGCGACAGGCGCUUCGAGAAGCCAGCCAGAAGGGAAGGAGCACGCUCUGGGUUUGAGGAGGGCGGUGCUGCCCCAAGGAAGGAGCAUGCACGCUCGGACAGUGAGAACUGGCGGUCCCUGCGGGAGGAUCAGGACGAGGACGAGGGCAGUUGGCGGCUUGGCGCCCCCCGGAGGGAUGGCGACCGCUGGCGCUCAGCCAGCCCCGAUGGUGGCCCCCGCUCUGCUGGCUGGCGGGAACACAGUGACCGCAGACGCAAGUUUGACUUGGAGCCACGUGGGGAGCGAGGAGGGUGCACCGAGGAGGAGGGCCGGGGCGGGGCGGGUGGCGCUCACCCCCGCAGGGGCAUGGACGAUGACAAGGACGGGCUCCCGGAGUGGUGCCUGGAUGACGAGGAUGAGGAGAUGGGCACCUUCGACGCUUCGGGGGCCUUCCUGCCGCUCAAGAAGGGCCCCAAGGAGCCCAUCCCUGAGGAGCAGGAGCUGGACUUCCGGGUGCUGCAGGAGGAGGAAGAGGAUCCCGCUGACAGCCUAGAUGAAACGGGGCCCGAGGCAGGAAGCCCAGAACUUCCCCCACUACCCCCCGAAGAGGAGAAGGCUGCCUCCCCGGCCCCUCUGCCCACCCUGGGCCCGCUUUGGAGUGCUGAUGUGGACGGUGGGGAAGGGCCUGCCAUGGAGAAGGACCUGCCGGCAGCCAAAGGUACACCCUCCCUCCCAGGAGAUGACCUGAGGGGGCCACAGCUGAGUCCUGGGCCCAGUUCCCCCCCAACCCCCCCUGGAGAUCUGGAAGAUGACGAAGGCUUGAAGCACCUGCAGCAGGAGGCGGAGAAGUUGGUGGCCUCCCUGCAGGACAGCUCCCUGGAGGAGGAGCAGUUCACCGCAGCCAUGCAGGCUCAGGGCCUGCGCCACUCGGCUGCCGCCACUGCCCUGCCUCUCAACCACGGCGCUGCCCGCAGGUGGUUCUACAAGGACCCACAGGGGGAGAUCCAAGGCCCUUUCACCACACAGGAGAUGGCUGAGUGGUUCCAGGCCGGCUACUUCUCCAUGACGCUGCUGGUGAAGAGGGGCUGCGAUGAGGGCUUCCAGCCGUUGGGCGAAGUCAUCAAGAUGUGGGGCCGUGUGCCCUUCGCCCCGGGGCCCUCCCCGCCCCCCCUGUUGGGGAACCUGGACCAGGGGCGGCUGAAGAAGCAGCAGGAGCUGGCGGCUGCUGCCCUCUACCAGCAGCUGCAGCACCAGCAGUUCCUGCAGCUGAUCAGCAGCCGCCAGCCCCCACAGUGCGCGCUCAGGGAGAAGGCGGCCUUGGGGGACCUGUCGCCUCCACCGCAGCAGCAGCAGCAGCAGCAGCAGCUCAGCGCCUUCCUGCAGCAGCUCCAAGCCCUCAAACCCUCCAGGGGUGGGGACCAGAACCUGCUCCCAGCGAUGACCCGCUCCUUGUCGGUGCCGGAUUCCAGUCCCCUCUGGGACAUAUAUACCUCAGCCUCACCCCAGUCAGGUGGUGAGGCCAGUCUUUGGGAUGUACCAGUUAACUCUUCGACUCAGGGUCCAAUUCUUGAACAACUCCAGAUGCAACACAAAGAGCGCAGAGAAGUGGAGCUCAGGGCCAAGCGUGAGGAGGAGGAGCGGAAGCGGCGCGAGGAGAAGCGGCGGCAGCAGCAGGAGGAGCAGAAGCGGCGGCAGGAGGAGGAGGAGCUCUUUCGCCGCAAGCAGGUGCGCCAACAGGAGCUGCUGUUGAAGCUGUUGCAGCAGCAACAACAGGCCUCAGCCACCCCCACGCCCCCCACGCCCAGCUCUCUGCCUCCGCUGUGGGCCGGCCUAACUAAGCAGGGCCUGUCCAUGAAGACGCUGCUGGAGCUGCAGCUGGAGGGCGAGAGGCAGCUGCACAAGCCGCCCCGGGAAGUGCGGGCCCAGGCCCUCAACCACCGCACCACGCUCGGGGGCCUGGGCGCUGCCCCCCUGAAUCAGUGGGCAGCGGAGGCCGGGCCACUGUGGGGCAGCACUGACAAGAGCACGGGCGGCCUGGGCCUCUGGGAGGACGCGCUCAAGGGCAGCGGCCUGGCGCGGGGCCUGGGCCUGAAGAACAGCCGGAGCAGCCCCUCUCUUAGCGACUCAUACAGCCACCUGUCAGCGCGGCCGCGCAAGAAGACGGAGGAGGAGGAGAAGCUGCUGAAGUUGCUGCAGGGCAUCCCGCGGCCGCAGGAUGGAUUCACCCAGUGGUGCGAGCAGAUGCUGCACACGCUGAGCGCAGCGGGCAGCCUGGACGUGCCCAUGGCCGUGGCGAUCCUCAAGGAGGUGGAGUCUCCCUAUGAUGUCCACGAUUACAUCCGCUCCUGCCUGGGGGACACGCUGGAAGCCAAAGAAUUUGCCAAACAGUUCCUGGAGCGCAGGGCCAAGCAGAAGGCCAGUCAGCAGCGGCAGCAGCAGCAGGAAGCCUGGCUCAGCAGCGGCUCCCUACAGACAGCCUUUCAGACCAACCAUAGCACCAAACUGGGUCCUGGCGAGGGCAGCAAGGCCAAGCGACGGGCACUGAUGCUGCACUCGGACCCCAGCAUCCUGGGGUACUCGCUGCAUGGCCCGACCGGGGAGAUUGAGAGCGUGGAGGACUACUGACCCCAGCAGCUGGCCACCGGCUCAGCCAUCCCGGCCGGACUCCCCAGGCUCCCCAGGACAGUGGGAGCGGGGCAAGCGGGUCGGGGUCCCCGGUCCCCGGCACUUGUUACAAACCACACGAUGCACCUUAAUUCACCCACCACGAGGCACUUUACAGAUGGGGGGAAGGGAUUGUUUUUUUCCUUAUUUUGUUUUUAAUUUUAAAUAACAUUGAAGCGAAUGUUAGGGAAACAGGAGGAAUCUUUAAAAGCUAGACUCUAAGCACCCCUUCCCGCACUGGGGGGAUACCAGAAGAUCCAGAGUUGUUUUGUUUUUGUUUUUUAAUAAGAAAAAAGGAAAACUGAAAAAAAAAUGGUUAGGAGAUGGAAAGAACACACUGUUACUUUGGGACUGUAGGGACUUGGGCCCCGAGGCCACACUUGCCCCACCUUCCCAGUGCAGGGGUGCAGGACAGCUGGAAGCUGGGUGCCAGCAGUCUGCGGAGUCCCCCUCUGCUGUGAGCAGCCUAGAUGUCCUGAGUCAGGCAAGUGUUGUGAAGGGUCCUGGGGAGCCCACCCUUGCUGCUUGGGGCUAGUUGCAGAAGCCAACAGCAGCCGGGCUGCAGGGGCUGGGCAGUGCCUGCCUCCCCUGGCUGCCCCCUGGUGUGCAGAUGUCCACAUGUCCGAGCUGGCUCUGGUGGGAGGGGCUGCGAGAACCAGCCUCCUGCCUUGCCAUAUGAAUGUAUUCAGGGCCACGAGCCCCCUGUGGCCCUCAGCCUGGGGGGGGGGGCAGUGACCCCCACCCCAGGAGCUAGAGGCGCUACUAACUGCCCUGAGGGCAAGGGGACAGGCAGGGCCCUGCCCACUGUGCCAGCUGUGUCGGACCAGACCACCAAGCUCCGGGCUGACCCCAUUGACCAAAUAGAUGGGGGACCCCUCCCCACCCUGUACCCCAAUGUCUUUUUAAUGUUGGGGAGGCAGUGGGUAGUGACCCCCCCACCCUCUUGAGUUGUGAUUGGUCCCUCUCCAUUUUUUUUUUUUUUUAAAGUCUUCUCUCGGGUCUGCACCGGCCUGUCCCACCACCUCAUUGCCGAGCGCAGUAUUAGGCAGGGCUGCCGCUGCCUCCCCUCCAUGAAUGUACUCCUCCUGCCCUGGGGAAGGGGGGAGUGGGCCCCACUUUCCCCACCCAUCCCCAGAGAGAUGACUUAUUUGCACCAAAGUGGCAACUGGGUCAAGCUGGCCUCGGGGGUGGUGGCCUCCACCUGCUUCUCCCUGGUUUCGACAGUGUUAGCGUUUGAGAAGACAAUUCUCUCUCUAAAGCAAUAAGGGGGUGAUGGGCCAGGGGGAAAUGACUUGCUGCUGCUGGCCCCCCAGCCCCCCUCCCUCGCUCCCAUGCUUGGGGGCAUUGGAGGUGGGGGGAUACUGUUGUGACUGAAUGUAAUGCCCCACCCCUGCUGCAGCCAAUGCAGGGGAGUGGGGUGCUCUGCCCUGUCUCCCCUCCCCCCAGCUAAAGAGACUGAUGAACUUGGGGCCCCUUGAGCCUGGAGAGGCCUUAACCCUGUGAAGAAAUGUAGGGGGAUCCCUCUCCCACCACCACCCCCCCCCCACCCCCCCCCCUCCGUCCCCUUCUGAGAGUGGUUAAUGUUUACAAGCCCCUGAGCUCCCCAGCCCAGGGGCUCAGACCCUUUGCCAUCCUUCCCAGCCGUCUUCCGGGCCCAGCUGCUCUCCCACCCUUCCGGCUUGGGUGGGGGCAGGGGUCCUGUACCCCCUCGCCUGCCUUGUCCCUGGACUCUUCCCCUCUCCCAUUCAGUGUGACUCCCCUGUAAAUACCCCAUCCCCCAAAUAAAAUUGGUGUGUGUUC